AUGGCAGAAGUCCGGCAGCAGUCGCUCCCACAGACGCAGCAACAGCCGUGCGCCUCAAGUCCGGCAUCUGACAGUACUGCUAGUACAUGUGGCGGAGGCGGCGGCAGCGGCAGCGGGACCAGCUUCGCACAAAUGUCGCUGGUCGACCAGCAGCGACACCACCCACAAGUGUUUUUGCUUGGCAUCUCUGCAGACGACCCCAGGCAUUUCAAACCCAUGUCGAAGGAACGAAAGGCCGAUGGGAAAACCAAGAGAAACACGUUCGCGUGCAUUACGUGCCAUUCGAUGAAGCAAAAGUGUAAUCCGGGAAACCCAAACGAUAUCUAUAGACACCCUUGUGUUCGGUGUGCAAAGCUGAACAAGCUGUGCCAGUUUGACCUCUCGAAGAGAAGGCGUAAGAAGAAAAAGAAGAAGAGGCUCGAAAACGACGGCGACGAUGUUAGCGGUAUCCGGGCCGACCCGGGUGCCUCGAAUAUGAAGCUGGCUUCUGAUGGGGCUCCGGUCAUUGCCCGAACAACUACUGAUGUCGGAACAAAGGAUAUCGCCGAGAAAGAUGCAGACCACCACUCGCCUGGUUCCGUGCUUUCUCCGCAGCAGCACAAUGGACCGGGAGCAGCAUCUGCUGCUGCUGCUGCUGCCGCCGCCGCCGUUUCCCUAGUAGGCUCGAUAUCGGCCCCACUGCCAUUCCAUGGCGCUCAGCAAAAUUAUCACCAUCAGACUGCUACUGCAGGCUCAGACUCAAUGGCCGGUGGCUUCGUCCAUGGGUACCCCCACACCCGCCAUAAUGCAUAUGCCAACAUGGACGCCCACAAAACACCCGGUAUGGACCAUAGUCUGAAAAUGAAACAAGUGUUCGGCGCCCACUCGUCAACUCUCAAUGGCCAGCUUUCUGCACCAGCAGGCUGGCAGUUCGCAUCCCCUGUGAUAAAUCAACGGCAACGAUUAUUGCCAAAACCCUGGCUGGAAGCGGACCUUAAACGUCUGGAACACAAUAGCGCGAAUAACGGCAAUAAUAAUACCACUAAUAAUCAUAAUCAUAAUCAUAAUCACAAUAACAGCCACGUUCAAGCGCACAAUCAGUUUCAGCAUAAUAUCGACGUUCCCCACAAUUCAAUUCACCAUCGCGAUUCAAACAGCAACGCCCCAAUCACCUUAGGCCAACAUUUCUCGACUACUAAUCAUGCACUGGGUGCAGAUCAGUACCAUAAUUCUCAAAUCCAAAACAGAUACAAUAAUACCCUCAGCCCAGUGAGCACUGGAAAUGGUAUCAACGUUCACCCAGACAUCAACAACUUGCCUAAGGAUCAAACCUUGAAAUUUAUAUCGCCAACUAUCCCAUCAAUCCAUGACUACAUGGGAGAAAAUGGUGAGAAUAAAUCUCUCGCGCAAGAUUUAAGAAAUGCCUCUCCAGUUGAUUUAAAGUCCCCUGCUUUACCGCUCAAGAGUUCGCAGAUUAAUGAUUACGAACUAGAGAUCACCAACUUACUCUCUUGGCAAAAGGGAGCCUUGGAAUUGAUAUCGGAAAAAUUGUCGUCUCAGGCUGCCGCAUGGGAUGAUAUUGUUCAGACUUCUUCUUCUGUUCCAUUGUACACAGAUCCUUUAGCACUAGGAUUGAUUUCUGAACAAGACGCUUUAUAUCAUUUGAAACUCUACCGGGAAACAAUGUCAAAGAAGUUUCAUUUGCCCUUGGUGAAGAUUCCUGAUGAUGUUACCAUAGACCAACUAAGGAAAAAUCAACCAAUUCUUUUCUCCACUAUCCUUUCUGUUGUAUCACUAAUAAUCCCAGCGUCUCAUAAAUCAAAAUGUGACAGACUGAAACUAGACAACUUCGCGUUAUCAUUAAUAUGCCAUCAUGGUAUGAGAUUGGGAAGCAAACGGCCUGAAUUGAUCCGUUCCUUGUUGGUAUUAUGCUUAUGGUAUAACUUUUCAGAGUGGAAUAACCAAACAAGAUAUCAUUUCUUCAAUUAUAUCUGUUGUUCGGCGAUUCGUGAAUUCGAUUUAAACGGGAACAGUCGGCUAAUGGGGAUGAUGGACUCAUCCCAACAAGUACCUGUCUCAGAUAAAAGGGAACCGGAACACGAUGAUGAUUUCUACCGUAUGGUACUUGUCAUUUACGUUUCAGGCUUAAACAUAUCCAUUUUCUUGAGGCAGCCUAUACAGUUACGUUGGUCUCCAAAAUUCGAUUCUUUCUGUGAAGGACUCCUAAAGGGCCAAUACCCAUCAAAGGUUUAUGGAUUUGAUAGUGAUCAAAUUUUUGUUGUGUUUUCCAGAAUUAACUACUGCCUUGAACUCAUUCAUACCCAUAUUCAACUAACUUCAGGCUUAAUGGAAAAUACUUACAUUACAUUCGAUACAGAAAAGUUCAUCGAUAAGAUGAAAAUAACCUUGGAUGGUCUAGCCCCACAAAUAGCACCUGAUAGACAUCGUAUGUGGACCUUCUUCCAUUCCGUUUACGUCUAUUUAUACGAAUCGAUUUUAAUAGAAUUCUUUCAGUCUAGAACUAUGGAGGAUAAAUUUGAGAUGACUGAAAUACCGAAAGAUGUCGAAGAUGCGUUUAUCAAAUGUACGGAAAGGUGUUUGAUAACGUUCCAACACUUCUUUGAAUUGACCCCACACUUGAUUGCGUCCAUGCCGUUAUUCCAUGUUACCAGGAUAAUAUACGUUCUUGGUGUGUUGUUAUUAAAGGUUAGAUUUGGUGUGAUGACAAUAUCUGCCAUCCAUCACUUGAAGCCAAUGACUGACUCCUGUGGUGAUAUCGUUCGGAAAAUGUGUGAACUUUUGGAGGAGACAUCGGCAUUAUACCCUCAUAACACUUUUGUUGUUAAACUAAGGUAUAUGUGCGCGCUAUUCUCUCAAACCUAUGCAACCAAUCUCAGGAAAUACCUAGAAAGACAGAACCGUAAUUCGGAUAUUGAAAGAAAUAACCUCUUCCAGUCUGGGGAUGUUUCGUCAUUUUUCGUUGACUCAAUGAUAUUAGAGAAUUCAAUAAACUCUUUGAAUGAACAAUUCUGGACUGAUAUGUUGACGAACUUAUUAUAG